UUGUCGAUUUACAAUCAACGCUCACUUGAUAAAGGGUCUUAUUCUCCCGAACGUCCUUCGAAGAUCGCCAGAGUCAAAGAGCAAGACCUCACCAACAACGACGACAACGAAGACGAACACGGGGAAGAGCAAAGAGAGCCCACUAUUGGUGACCGAGCCAUGAUUCAAAACCCUAGAAUUCAAAGGUACUUAGUCACGAUCGAGUAUAUUGGGACUCGAUUCAGUGGGGCACAGAACAACUCAAUGACGGAACUGUUGUCGGUGUUCUCGAGGUAA